ACAAGCUGCCCGCAACAACGGACCAGGACAUUGUUGACAACUGUGGCUUGUCAGCAAACUUCUCCAGUUGCCAGAACAAUGUGUCUGCCAGCAUCAGUGUGGGUGGGUUUUGUAGUGGUUUCGAUGGGUUGUCGUCGACGCUAGCUAACCAAGUAGCCGGUUCAGUUAGCCGGUGAGUCAACAGAUUAGACUCCCGACGUUUCAGAGCAUCUGUAGCUUAACGUUAGCUAAGCUAACAGGGUUUAGCUAAAGACGAAGCAGCAGCAUGGGUGACGGCAGUAUCACUCCCAGGAUCGGCAACAUGAAAGCGCUGCUUGGGAUAGUUGCCGGAGCUGGAGCUUCCUACGGGUUAUACAAACUCAUCAGCAGGGGAGGCUUCAAGAGAAACAAGAAAAGUGCUGGCAGUGAGAGUCCUGGUGUGAAGAGCAGCCAGCCCACUGAAGUUACUCUGCAGCCGGGCACCCUGCUGGCCAGAGUGUCUGGACUGGAUGUUGUGUGUCCCCGACCUGUGGAUGUUGCAUCAGGUGACAUCAUCCACCAGUCCCCUGGCAACCUGGAUCCACAGCACUUGAAAAUGCUGCUGUCAUGUCUGCAGACCAGCAGUAAUCCAUCAGACAAAUGUCGGAUUCUACUUACACUAGGAAAUUCUGCUGCCUUUACUGUGAAUCAGAAUCUAAUACGGGAAUUUGAUGGGAUUCACAUCAUAGCUGGUUUCCUCUCUGAUCCUGCAGCAGAGGUCAGAGUGCAGACUCUGAAUGCUUUAAAUAAUCUGUGUAUGAACAUCCCAAACCAGGAACAAAUAAAGGUUUAUGUGCCACAAGUGCUGGAGUUGAUUGAGAUGUCACCAGUGAACUCUGAGCUUCAACUUGGUGCUCUCAGGCUGCUGACAAACCUCUCAGUCACAGACAAACAUCAACACUUGCUGAAGGACUCAAUUACACUUUUACUCUCUCUACUUGUUGUGAGCAAUGAAACAUUACAGGUUCAAGCUUUGAAAGUCCUUGUGAAUUUGUCAUCCAAUCCAGAUAUGAUGGACGACAUUGUUCAAGCUCAGGCACCAGCAUCUGUUGUGCUGCUGUUUGACGCGCGGACAGCCCCUGCGGUGCUUCUGCGACUGCUGACGUUCAUGGGCAACUUAAAGGCCUGGAGGCCUUCCGCCCAGGUGGCUGAUGAACUGAGGCGGAAACAGGAUUGUCUCUUCCGGGUCAUGUUAGAUGAGUCUUCCCAGCUCCACAGCAGACUGGUCCAGCUGCUUUCACACCCUGACGGGGAGGUUCAGUCCCAGGUGGCUCGCAUCUUGACCUAAACCUCCCUCUCUGCACUCUUGAUACAUGCACAGCUUUUGCUUCCACACAUUUUGCCAAAGCCAUCAACCCAUCACCCAUCCAGUUCAAUUAUAAAUCUGUUGACAUUAAAAAGAAGGCUGCGUAGCCUCCUGUGGAUACUCAGCUUGCACUCCCACACUCCCACACUCUCCAUAUCUACAGUGUUCCCUAAAUCAAUAUUAUUACCACACAUAACUAAAUGAUCUGUUCCACCUCACCAGCCACUCCUCCCCGAUUUCUCCUUUCUUACACCACAAUUUAUUAAUGAGCAACGAGGAAGCAGGAAGAAACCAUUCAUCCAGUGGAGUGUAAAAACAGGCCUCCUCUCCAUUGUUUUCCUGCCACCAAAAUUGCGAGAGACUGUUUUCCUUCGAAGAUCCACAGUGCCCUUCCUUCUGAGAACUUCACCAACUUUCUCUGAGGACAUGUUCCAGGUGAAAUUUCCGAAACCUAAACCCACUGCCAAAUUUUUCUAGAGAAUGUGUCGGAAUGACCUGUGCAGCACGACCUAACUUACUACCCUCCUGUGGCUUGGAGAGACACUGAAGAGGCUUCUGGCCACACACUUUAGCAUGCCUUGGAGACAUGAAUGAAUGGGUGCACAGCAGCUCCAAUCCUCUCUCAUUUAUCGACAUGUUGGAUUGAAAGAUCAUUCUUUGAAAUCUUUUCAUUAAUUUGAGUAUAAGGGCAUCAUGACUUUAGAAAAGCCAAAGUAAGGUCAACCCACAGGAUGGUUGGCCUCACACUCCAUGACAGUGUGCAAAGUUCAAUGUGUUGGAAAGAACUUGUAGUUGAAACACUGCCUCCCCCGCAUUAAGAAGAGCAAGUACAGGUGGAUGGGACACCUGAUGAGGACAGAAACUGGGUAAAAUCUGACUUUUUGAAGAUGCAUCAAACACAGCUGCCAGUGAGAAAACCCCAGGGUUGAUCCAGGAUAUGCUGGAGAGGUUGCAUCUCUCAGAAACACCUGCAAAUCCCCGCAGGAGGAGCUGGAGGAAGUUGCAGGGGAAAAGGAAGCCUGGACUGCUAUGAUUGUUUCAGCUACCACAAAUAUCAUACAGAUAUACAGUGUGAACAUGAAUGGAUGAAGGGUUGACCUCUGACAAAGCCGUCUGUACUAACAAUUACUGUGUUUUAUUUAUGCAUAUGAGUUACAACAGAGAUUGAAUGUUAAAUAUAAGCCUUGUUAUAUUAAGUUAUGCACUUCCUGUAAUGGGACAGGCUGUAAGUGACAGACCCAUAUGUUGUCUAGCUGGAGGACCGGAGCUGUGGACCCAUCUGCUGACUUGUUAACAGUAUUUACAGAGAGGAUGAUGGGUGUGGGCACAUACCUCUAAAUUGCAUGAAAAAAAAAGUGAUGAUUAUCUCAGAAUAUGAUUUUUAAUGCAAGGAUUUUAUGGCAUGAGCCAGUCCUGGUGUGAAGAUAUGCUGCACAUUUUUAUGUUUGGAAACUAACUUUAUUGAACCCAAAUCCUAAAUAUCUCUCAGGCAACAUGGUUUACCAGAAAAGAUACAGCAGGAGGCUGAUUUACUUGGGACCUAGAUUAUGGUAUUUAUUUAAUUAAGCUAGUCAGCAUUUUGCCUAUAAAAAUGAGAAACAUGUUUGUUAUGUCUAUUUGAAUGGUUCAAUAAAUACCCUAUAUGACAAAUAA